GUGGGCAACGGAGCAAUGAAAUUUCCAAUCGAGACGCCAAGAAAGCAGGUGAACUGGGAUCCUAAAGUGGCCGUGCCUGCAGCAACUCCACCCGUGUGCCAGCCCAAGAGUGCCAGUAACGGGCACCAUCCGGUUCCCCGCCUCUCCAUUUCCUCCAGAGCCACGGUGGUAGCCAGGAUGGAAGGCGCCUCCCAGGGAGGCCUGCAAACAGUUAUGAAGUGGAAAACAGUGGUUGCCAUCUUUGUGGUUGUGGUGGUCUACCUCGUCACAGGUGGCCUUGUCUUUCGGGCAUUGGAGCAGCCCUUUGAGAGCAGUCAGAAGAACACCAUCGCCUUGGAAAAGGCAGAAUUCUUGAGAGAUCAUAUCUGUGUGAGCCCCCAGGAGCUGGAGACAUUGAUCCAGCAUGCCCUCGAUGCUGACAAUGCAGGGGUCAGCCCAGUAGGAAACUCUUCCAACAGCAGCAGUCACUGGGACCUCGGAAGUGCCUUUUUCUUUGCUGGAACUGUCAUCACAACCAUAGGGUAUGGGAAUAUUGCUCCGAGCACUGAAGGAGGCAAAAUCUUUUGUAUUUUAUAUGCCAUCUUUGGGAUCCCGCUCUUUGGUUUCUUAUUGGCUGGCAUUGGAGACCAACUUGGAACCAUCUUUGGCAAAAGCAUUGCAAGAGUGGAAAAGGUUUUUCGAAAAAAACAAGUGAGUCAGACCAAGAUCCGGGUCAUCUCAACUAUUUUGUUCAUCUUGGCUGGCUGCAUCGUAUUUGUGACGAUCCCUGCUGUCAUUUUUAAAUACAUCGAGGGGUGGACAGCCUUGGAGUCCAUUUACUUUGUGGUGGUCACUCUGACUACAGUAGGCUUUGGUGAUUUCGUGGCAGGGGGAAAUGCUGGCAUCAAUUACCGAGAGUGGUAUAAGCCACUGGUGUGGUUUUGGAUCCUUGUUGGCCUUGCCUACUUUGCAGCUGUCCUCAGUAUGAUUGGAGACUGGCUUCGAGUUUUAUCCAAAAAGACAAAAGAGGAGGUUGGUGAGAUCAAAGCCCAUGCAGCUGAAUGGAAAGCUAAUGUCACCGCAGAGUUCCGGGAGACAAGAAGGCGGCUCAGCGUUGAGAUCCAUGACAAACUACAGCGAGCAGCCACCAUCCGCAGUAUGGAGCGUCGGAGGCUGGGCUUGGACCAGAGGGCCCACUCACUGGAUAUGCUAUCCCCAGAGAAGCGAUCUGUCUUUGCAGCCUUGGAUACAGGCCGUUUCAAGGCCUCAUCCCAGGAAAGCAUCAACAACCGACCCAACAACCUGCGCCUUAAGGGGUCAGAACAGCUCAAUAAACAUGGGCAAGGCGCUUCUGAGGACAACAUCAUCAACAAGUUUGGGUCCACCUCCAAACUCACCAAGAGGAAAAACAAAGAUCUCAAAAAGACCUUACCCGAGGAUGUUCAGAAAAUUUACAAAACCUUCCGGAAUUACUCUCUGGAUGAAGAGAAGAAAGAGGAAGAGACAGAAAAGAUGUGUAACUCAGACAACUCCAGCACAGCCAUGCUGACGGAAUGUAUACAGCAGCAAGCUGAGAUGGAGAAUGGAAUGAUACCCACGGACACCAAAGACCAGGGGCUGGAGAACAACUCAUUACUUGAAGACAGAAACUAAAUGUUAAAGACACUGGAGUUGGACUAAGUGUUGUCUUGUUUUUGUUGUUUUGUUUUUUCUUUUUCUUUUCUUUAAAAAAAAUAUUCACACUGAGACACGUGCCUUAAAUAGACUUGUUAGUCCAAAAUUACAUAACAUUGAAGAAUAUAUUUCACCGUGCCAUACACGACUGAAGGCUUGCUCUGCCAAGAGGGAUCAGACAGGAGCUUCAUUUCAGAUAGUGGUGGCAAGACACACUGGGAGUGCUUGCCUACAUAGCAAAUGUUGGCUGUCCCCUUGAGGGAAGUCCCAGUGGCAAUGCCCUCGCCCUCAGACAACACCACUCUGAUGUGUCACAUAGAUAGACAAGGGCAGCUAUUCCUUAGACUAGCCUCUGAGAGGACAGGUUUGUCUUUUGAAUGGAGUCUCCAUUCCUGAACCUCUACCUUUAGUGAUAGGUCAUACACAAAAAGGGUCAGCUGUUUGCAGGCGACCUGGUACCUUUAGCUAGGGUUUGAGUGGACAUUUUGCUAUGUCCUCAGCUUGAAUUUUGGCAGGGCACAGUGCAAAACAGCUACUCCAGAAGAAUGUCCUUGGGACCCAAAAGUACCUGGAGUUUGUUGGAAGCUGAUCAGAGCACACAUUUUAUAGGGUGCAAUUGCUUUUCUCAUUAAAAAAAAAAAUCACAGACACAUCCCACUGUGGAUAUCUCCUUAACCAAUGAUAGAAGCCCACUGAACUUAGUCUUUUUUGUAGGAUGGGUAGUCCAUGUAGGCUUCAAGCGUUGGUGGUGAAAACACCACUUUAGCCACUACCUUGUUGGAAGGCAAAUCAUGCAUUUUCUUCAGUGGGUGUGAAGGUAAAAAUAAACUGAUUUUGGAACAUUCAUACUCACUUUUCUACAGGAACUUUAAUUAUAACUUGUUUUGAUAGGAGGGAGGAAAUACCAUAACCAUUGCCUUUGCAUGAUGCCAGUGGCUUGCUGUUCUGUCUAGCUGAUCCCAUUUUUUUUUUAUUUUAAAUAAAAAUAAGAAUAGACACCUUGUGCUUAUGAGAUACACCAAGGAGGACCAUGGCAUCUUUCCAUCUCAGGGCUUUUUGUCCUUUUGGGUGUCUUAGAGUAGACAUAGCUAUGAGACUCAACCUUGCAAUUUCCAUACAAAAGGAAAAUGAAUAUGUCACUCAGCUCUUGUAUAUUAAGAUGGAAUGGUUUAAGUUGUUUGCAGCUUAAGUGCCAUUAAUCCCAUUUUAAAAUACUGAAAAGGAGUAUUUAUACGAUUGCAUUUCAUUCUUGUGUUUUGUUGUGCCCUUAUCAAUUUCAUUUUAUGCCUAUGUUCUUUAUGCCUUUAUUUAUGGGGCAUAGCCCUCUCUCACCUGUUCAUCUCACCCCUGCUAUACAGUCAAAAGGUAACUCCCCUAUCUUUGUUUCUAGGCAAACAGUGAUCAACAUGUGAUAUCAAUGAUUGUUUAUCAGGUUACAAUGUCCAGGGAAGGAACAUUGUAGGGAAGGUCCAAAGGUAAAUUUUGGCAGGAUGGUUUUUAAAGGAUUUUUAUCAGAAAGGGGAAAUGCAUCUUACCUGUGUAUGCUUCAGCUUUAAUCAGAUUUGGCUAACAUGUUGGUUUAGCUAGCUAGUGACCUGGGCCCCUGCACUUAAACAUUUGGAUUCUGUAAUAUGAGAAAAUUGCUGGCUCUGGGUCUUCUCGACUGACUCAGUAACACCUUUAACUGAUUUCAUGGACUUUUCUGUAAUAUUCACAGAGCAUAUUUAACAAAAGAUCAUAGCACAAGCAGAGACUUUCAGAAGCUAUCUUCCAUUUUCUAACUCUGAGUGGAAAAUUACGCCCAUUGCCUCCUUGAACACUAAUACCAUGGAAGACCCAUCACCAAUGCCUAGUUCCCCAAAAUGCACUGCUUAUAGCUGUCCCCUUAGUGGAGCCCAGAAGCCCCUGUUUCCCAGAUCCCAAAUCUUCAGGGUCUUGUUAGAGAUCUGAGAAGUCAAAUAAGAAUCAUUAUGGUGAGGCCUUCUCUGUCAAGGGUUUGUCUGGCAUAACUCCUUUGGAACAGAAUACUGGUGUAGACUCUGGAAAAUGAUACUUAGGCAGGUGUGGAUGCUGGGCUUUCAUUAUGGCAAGGGUCCAGACUGACUCAUUGUGUUAAAGAUGAGUGGGGUUUCUCUUGUUCUGACAAGUUUCCCAACAACACUGCAUGUGCAUCUCAUUCAUUCCAGUCUCCACUGUAUGGUACCGUGGUAUGUCUUCAUGGUUGUGUUAAAGCUGAAGGCACUGGAUCUGUAUCUGGUGAAAAAGCAUCCUGUCAUUGGUCCUGUGCCUUUCAUGGGCUCAGCACUGGGUGGUAUGUCCUACGGGGCUCACUGAAACCUCGCCAUGUCCCAUGGGAAGCAUUCUCAUGUCCUUUGUAGACAGACAAGGAUGCAGAGACUCAGGGAGGCUAAAUAACUUGCCAGGAGCUCACAGCAAGAAGGUAGUGAAGCUGCAGUAUCUACAUCAUGUGCCCUUGUGAAUGAGAGUACGUACCUGUGUGCAGUUGUGUGUGUUACAGUGUGUGCAUGCACACACCUUAUAAGUUUCAUGAGCACAGUUGACAGAGGUGAGAAGACAGGCAUUUAUACCCCUAUGAAGGCAUGAAGUUUUGGGGCUAAACCUGACCUAAAACGUUGCCUUUGAGACAUACUGUAUGCUCUUGGCUUGGGGAUGCCAUGGACAGCACCUUUUCUCUAUUGCCACAAAUGCCCCUCAAAAGCACUCAUUUGCACUUUAUUUGAUUUUU